AUGCUGCUAACCAAUGAAAUCAGCUCCAAGUUUGGCCAUUGUGGUUUUGGACCAGACUUUUGUGCAUCGGAUGUCUGCGUCUCUGGCUGCGACCGCAAGUCUGACUGUGAUCCCGGAUUUGGUUCAGAAUGGGCCAAGAGAUCCACUUGCCCUCUUAACGUGUGCUGUUCAAAGUUUGGGUUUUGCGGAACAACGAAAGACUUUUGUGGUAACAAGCAAGUCAAACGAGAGACUUGCGAUGAAGACGGCACCCUCAACAGGGUGGUUGGCUACUACGAAGGAUGGGGUGCACGAAGGCCGUGCAACGCCUUCUUCCCUGAGCAGAUUCCUCGUGGCGUCUACUCGAUCAUCAACUUUGCCUUUGCCACGAUCGAUCCUCAGACAUUUGAAGUUCUUCCCGCGACACCUGAGGACAUUCCACUUUACAAGCGCUUGACGGCGCUCAAGAAAGACGAUCCCACACUCCGCAUCUACAUUGCCAUUGGUGGCUGGACGUUCAACGAUCCGGGCCCUACUGCCACUGUCUUCUCGGACAUUGCACGGUCGGAAGAGAACCAGAAGAAGUUCAUCAAGUCGCUGAUUGCCUUUCUGAACAAGUACGACAUGGACGGUGUUGAUCUCGAUUGGGAAUACCCCGAAGCUCCGGAUCGUAGUGGCAGGCCCGAAGACUUCAAAAACUUUCCUAAAUUUAUGGAAAACUUAUCUAAAGAACUUCAGCAGACAGCGGGCCGUGGUGGACUGUCUAUCACACUCCCGGCAUCAUUCUGGUACCUCCAACACUUCGAUCUCGUCAAAUUGAAGAAGUCAGUAGACUUCUUUAACAUCAUGUCAUAUGAUUUGCACGGCACGUGGGAUAAAGGCAACAAGUGGACCGGCGAAUAUCUCAACCCUCACACGAACAUCACAGAGAUCGAUGCCGCCCUUGAUCUCCUUUGGAGAAACAAAGUGGAUCCAAACAUGGUAGUUCUGGGCCUUGCAUUCUACGCACGAGCUUACACGCUCAAAGACCCAAGCUGCACUGAACCCCAGUGCCAAUACGCAUCGGGUUCCAAGAAGGGUCCUUGCAGUAACGAGGCUGGUAUCUUGCUCAACUCUGAAAUCGACGACAUCGUCAAGAAAAAGAGCCUUGUGCCCAAGUCAUGGGAGAAGGAGACUGUCAAGAUGCUUCACUGGGACGAUCAGUGGCUGACCUACGACGAUGCGGACACGUUCAAGUUGAAAACCAAGUUCGCCCGCAAGCGCUGCUUGGGCGGCGUUAUGGUAUGGGCCAUCAGUCACGACACCAAGGAGGCAAAAUACACGAAAGCUCUGGCAGCAGCAGCCAACCGCAAGAUCCUUCUUCUGCCUAGUACGGAAGGUCCUGAACAGGAAGUCAAGAUUCCGCAUCCCCAGUGCAAAUGGACCAACUGCCUGGAUGGAGGCUGCCCCUCGGGCUGGCAGCUCAUGAAGCGCAGUGAUGAGCAUGCACGUAGCGAUGAGUGGAUGUUCGACAACUCGGGGUGUGACGGCGCCGGUAUUCAUCGCCUCUGUUGCCCGUCUUCCGAGACGCUUCCAACGUGCGGUUGGUACACACUUCCCAAACGUGGCGGUAAAUGCGAUUCAAAAUGUCCGGACGGAACGCAGGAAGUCGGUUCCAACUCGAACUAUUGUGAUUCGGGCUACCAGGCCGCCUGCUGCACGACCUCCGACUCGGAUAAAAAACCACUACGCGCCAUGGAGCUCUACGAGGGUUGCGAGUGGUCAGACGCGCCAAUGUGCGAUCUGGGCAAGUGCACGUUUGCUGGCUCAGCAUGGCCGACGGAACUAGUUGUCUCAGCAACGGGCAGUGGUGGUGCCAUUUGCAACAUGCGUUCUGCGGGCUGGGAAGCAAGUACUUGGCAGGUCCAAGAACGCAAGUACUGCUGCGACACGAAGACGAACAGCCGCAAAUGGAGUAACUGUAGAUGGGAAAAGUCGCUCGGAUUGGGUUCCGCAGGAGCCCGAUGCUAUCCCAACUGCCCAGAAGGCAAAACACGAGUAGCCAUGGACGGUUGGGGCGACGACUGCAAGACCAGUGGUGCUCGAGCGUACUGCUGUGAUGCAGACAACUAUGACACCGAGACGCGUCCGUCAGACGAGAUACAAAAGUAUCGCGAUGCCAUGAAGGCUUGGGUUGAGAGUCCAACUUGUCCUCGGGGAACGGGGGGUCUCCAACGACGUUAUCUCCUGGAACGAGGCCUCAUCAGCCGCGAAGACAAGUCCCAUCUCCUCACUCGGCAGCAAACACCCAUCGGCGGUAAUGGCAUGACCAACGCUGAACGAGUUCUACAGCUGCUGAUCCUAAUCCUCCAGGCCAUAUACCAGACGCCGACCGAUAUGAGCAAGGCUUAUAACAGUGCUUGGGACGACUUUAUCAAAACCAAGCAUGAAGGAUUGCAGACAGUACCCAUGAAAUCAUUCCUUACCGACAAGUCCCGCUAUCCUGCCUUUGACCUUGAGGGCCCAGAGAUCACUGCAGAGCGCUUCGCUUGCGAGCUCGAUGUCACCGACGCUCUAAUUCGGCGGACACAAGUUACCGUCGUCAUCUGUGACGCCGAUAUGUGCGGGAUAGAUGGGCUGUGCUUCGACUCCUUUGAUAAAGAUGCGCCUGGCACCUCAGAUAAGCGUGGCAUGGGAUUUGGGUCUGUGAAGGCGCGAAGCACCCUCGACACAUCUCCUGCAGAACAUCACGGCUCUCUCGAGAAGCGCGAUAACAUGGACGUUGAGUUCGAGUGUGUAGACUCGGCGAACCCCAACGGCAAGAAAAUUAAGUGGAGGAAGAGGCCGUGGACUAGCGCUGGCCAGUGGGACAACAAUAAUCCCAUCUACGACAAUGCCCUGACCCACAUGUUCGAGGAUCACUGCUCCAUGACUAACCUCAGAGUUUCUCAGUUGCCAGAUGGCGAAUACUAUGCCACUGAACACAUUAUCGAAAUACAGACAAUGGCUCUGUUUUUCACCGAUGCACCGGGCGACAGAAGAUGUAAAGUUCCAUGCGACUUCUUCAUCAACGGCUUCAACAACCCCAUUGCGAGCGGCCCAUCUUUGCCUGGUGGAUUCAUGAGUCCAGUUCCCAGUGAGCGUAUCAUGGACGCGCUCGGUAGUGAGCUGAACACAGUGAACUUCGUCUUGCUGCGUACGAACCUGAACGGGAUGAAAGCUAGGAUAUGGAGAUACUUGGAUCCCAUCAGUGAUGCCAGUUGGCUAUUAAUGGUCGCCAGCAACGAGCCUCGGGAAGCGCUACAGUCCAUCCGAGAUGUGAGUAUGGCAGGCCACUACAACGAUCAAUAUACUGACACAAUCAAGGCCAUUGCGGUAUUCAACUAUCUGAACCAUCCGUAUGUCCGACCCAAGCUCAUAGGCAUCAACAGAGUACUCCGAGAAGAGUUCCAGCGAGCAUCUGAUGGAUACAACUUUGGGCACCCCAACGCUGGCAUCAACAUACGCGACUGCUGGGACACUUGGUUCAGAGAACACCUGGAAGAUAUGGCAUCGAAUACGCGUACGUGGGUGCGCAGUGCCAUUACGGAUAUGCGCCGGGCAUGGAGCCCGUUGAACAAUCCCAACGAUCAAACGUAUCAGGCGAGAGCGCUACAGGUCAACCAGCAUCUUGACCGCUUGGAGACGCUCGGUAUUACCAAUGGGGAAAUUUCCAUUGACACCACGAAUCUGUGGUAG